AUGACUCGCUCAUAUGAGGCUGCAAUUGCAGCGCUCAAUUCCUUACAAACCAACUUUGCGAUCGUGGAGGAGCUCAAGAAAUCGACCUCGCGAGAGGAUCUGAAUAAGCGCUCACUCCCAGAGACGGUUGAAUGGCUUCGUCGCAUUGGAUACAAACCCUCCGAUCUGGACCGAUUGAACCUGAUCCAUGUUGCGGGCACAAAGGGUAAAGGCUCAACCUCCGCAUUCAUCUCAUCGAUUCUCUCCCAGUACACCCAGUCCGAGCCAGGUCAAUCCUCUCCGCGCCUUCACAAAGUCGGACUCUUUACCUCCCCCCACCUCCGGUUCGCGCGCGAGCGCAUCGUGAUUGAUAAUGCCCCGCUUUCGGAAGAACAGUUCGCGCGGUACUUCUUUGAAGUAUGGGACCGUUUGGAAACCGCAGCCAAGGCUGCUGGCGAGGAUCCUGUCUCGCUGAGCACUAAGCCGCAAUACUUCCGUUAUCUUACUCUGAUGGCAUUCCACACAUACAUGAGCGAGGGUGUUGAUGCAGCAAUAAUCGAGUGCGGUAUCGGAGGAGAAUAUGAUUGUACCAAUGUGAUUGAGCAGCCCAAGGCGACAGCUAUCACCAGUCUUGGAAUCGACCACACUGCUAUGCUGGGCACUACGAUUGAGAAAAUUGCAUGGCACAAGGCCGGUAUUAUCAAAUCAGGAGCUCGGGCUUUCACGGCGCCGCAACCUCCAAGUGCAGAGCAAGUGCUGGCUGAGCGUGCCGCCGCCAAGGGUACUCAGUUGGAUGUGGUGUCUGAGCAUCCUGAACUCCGCCCAGGAACCAGUCAUGUGAAACUCGGUCUGGCUGGUGACUUCCAAUACACCAAUGCCUCCGUUGCCGUUGCAGCAGCUGCCGAGUUCUUGAGAAAGACUGGUGUGGCCAACAUUUCCGAGAAUGUUAUGUCUGAGCCUCUUCCUGCCAAGUUCAAGACUGGACUUGAGGAGACCCGCUUGGGUGGCCGCUGUGAGACUCGCUUCGAGAAGAAUGUGGCUUGGUAUAUCGAUGGAGGACACACGCUGGAGAGCAUCCGCCUGGCUGGCCAGUGGUUUGCCUCGAGAAUCCACUCCGAUUCGUCCAGCGAGCUCGCUGCGAUGAAGCCGCGCAUCUUGAUCUUUAACCAGCAGACUCGGGACAGCACAGCUCUGGCUCGUGCUCUCCACGAGACUCUUGCCGCUGCGUUGGGAUCGGGCACGCCUUUCACUCACGCUCUGUUCUGCACAAACAUCACAUAUAAGCAGGCCGGCUUCCGUCCCGACUUGGUCAGUAUGAACACCAAUGCCGAUGAUCUCGAGUUGCUCCGCGUACAGAAGUCUCUUGCGACUGCCUGGAAUGAGAUCGACCCCAAGGCCGAGACCCAUGUGUUUGGAACCAUUGAAGAGGCCGUUAAUUUUGCGCGAGAUGUGGCUGCCCAGGAACGCAAGGUCGUCCAGAAGGACGAGGCGCCCGUCAUGACUUUUGUUACUGGCAGUAUCCAUCUGGUGGGCGGCUUCCUCGAUGUGAUCGAGACAAAGCCAUACGAAGAGACUGCUUGA